AUGUCUUCUCCACUUGAAAGUCUUCCCCCAGAGCUCUUUUAUGAGAUCUGCGAAGUCAUCGACAAAAGCGGAGAAUACAAGCGCCAGUAUCAUAAAACUUUUCUCAGUCUUAGUCUCACCAGCAAGACCUGUCGAUCUUAUGCCACACUAUACAUCUUUCGCAGACUCUUCUUCAAGGAGUAUUCAGCCGCAAAACUUACAAAACACCUCACCGAAUGUGUACAAACACUGGGCCGUCUGGGUGUUCUCCAUCUUGUCCGCAGUGUGGACAUCAGCUUCUGUCGUACUAACCGCUUCCCAAAGACCAGAAGCACGAUGGUUGUCGAACUGCUCAAACAGUUCCCGAACAUAAUCCAGCUCUAUGCCCAGCCUCGCAGAGUCCUGACUAAGAGCUUCAUUGACGAGAAGAAAACCAUCUUGGUCGAUCGUGCUUUCAGGGCGGAUAAAGAAGGUCGCUACCAUUGGAUGUACAGAUGGUCGAAUCACUAG